AUGUUCACCUCCCAGUCAGAGAAGAAUGGAAGCAAUGGCCCGCCGCUCGCAGACGAGCUCCAGUGGGUAGUCCGAAUCCGCCGCAUCCUCGAUGAAGAAGAAGAAGAAGAGGAAGACGGUCACCUCGCCGUCUCCAUCUUCCGCAUUCCCUCGGCGCUGCUCGCCGGAAAGUCAACCUGCUAUGUGCCGCAGGUCGUCGGCCUCGGCCCCUACCACCGCUGGCGGCCGGAGCUCCACGCGAUGGACCGGCGCAAGCUCUCCGCCGCCCGCAGGGCCGGCAAGCGGCUCCUCAGCGGCCUCCGCUUACACCACGUCGUUGACCGCCUUGCCGGCCUCCAUCACCGCCUCCGCGCGAGCUACCACGGCCACCUCGACUUCAAUGGCGAGACGCUGGCGUGGGCGAUGGCCAUCGACGGCGCCUUCCUGCUUGAGCUACUCGAGAUGCUCCUCCGGGUACCCGGCGGCGGCGCUUCAGAUCCGGAGGCUGACUUCGCCACGAAAAAGUGCACCGGCGAUAUGCUGCUGCGCGAUUUGAUCAUGCUGGAGAACCAGGUUCCCCUCUGGGUUCUGCGGAUGAUCUUGGAAGACCAGCAGCCUCCGGGAGUAUCGGCGGACGGUCUGCUGGCGGAGAUGGUGGCGGAGCUGGUGAAGGUGCUCUGCCCCUUCACGCCAACGACUGAUGCUGCCGCUGCCGUCGCCAUCGGGAAGGGCUCCUCCCACCUGCUGGAAGUCCUCUACGACGUGAUCGUCCCCAAGCAGGAAAGAUGCCCGGUGGCGCAGGAGACGACGGGGGAUCAGGCCUCUGACGACGCAGCGUUCUCCGACGGAUUCAUCUCCGGGAAGCUCUCCACCUGCUUCGGCCAUGCCAGAAAGCUCUCGUCCUGUCUCCGCCGCGCCGCCGCCUCCCGAUCCGCGAAGCUCCUCGUGGGGAUCCCUUGCAGGGUCGCCGCCAACCUGCCGGCGAUCGCGCCGCUGAUGCUCUUACUGGAGAAUCUCCUGUCAGAUUCGUAUUCCAAGGAUGGCGAAGACGCCGGCGGGGAGGGCCCGCUGCCAGCGGAGGAGAUGGCGAUACCUUCCGUCGCCGACCUCGCCGGCGCCGGCGUGCGGUUCUCGCCGGCGAGGGGUGGGCCGACUAGGGUGGCGUUCGACGGCGUGACGGCAACGCUCCUACUACCGGUGGUGAGAUUGGACGUGAACACGGAGGCCACGCUGAGGAACCUGGUGGCCUACGAGGCGGCGUCGCCGGAGGCAGGGCCGGCGUUUAUGGCGAGGUACGUGGAGCUGAUGAACGGGAUAAUCGACGUGGCGGAGGACGUGCGGCGGCUCAGGGAAGCCGGCGUUGUGCGCAACUACAUGAAGAGCGACGGCGAGGCAGCGGAGCUGUGGAACGGUAUGAGCAGGUCGGUGCAACUGACCCGGGUCCCCUCGAUCGACGAGGCCAUCAGGGAACUCAACCGGUAUUAUCACCGCCGGUGGCGGGUGAAGUUGUGUAAGCUCCUCAAGGGGAGAGGCGCCGCCGCCGCUGCCCACGCCUCCUGCAUCGCGCUACUCUUCUUCUUCUUCUUCUUCAUGGGUUUCAACGCAUUCUGCCUCUUCGGGCGAUGCAAUCGGCUGCCCAACGAGUCUCCUCCCCCUGUGACGGCGUGA